AGAAUAUCCUCGGGACCUCGGUCGGCGGCUCCCCGCAAAAAGUACCGUGUGGCUUUCUCCGCAGUAAAUCAUUCUGCAAGGAUUCAUAUGCUGCUUCCUUACCCGAUUAUUAUAAUAGUGCCAUGAUGUUUUAAAUGAACAACGUUUUCCCAGUUCUCCAUCUCAAGUCAAUCUACAGUAUUCCACACGGACUUUACUUCUCUCUCUCUCUAUCUCUCUCUCUCCUUUCUUCCCUCCUUAUCAAUUAGAGUCUCCGAUAACCACCUAUCGUCACAAUGGGCAAGAAAGCAACGUCUCCCGCCUAUGUCCUAGGUGUGGGCAUGACCAAAUUUAUCAAACCCCGGGGCAAGGUUGACUAUCAUGAGCUUGGUUUUGAGGCUGGUGUCAAGGCCAUGCUGGAUGCCCACAUCAACUACGACGAUGUUGAGCAAGGGGUUGCGUGCUACGUCUAUGGUGACAGUACCUGCGGCCAGCGUGUGUUUUAUCAGUUCGGUCUAACACAGAUUCCCAUUUACAAUGUUAACAACAACUGUUCAACGGGCUCCACUGGCUUGGCGAUGGCCCGUACGAUGGUUUCUCACGGUGCCGCCGACUGUGUUCUCGUAGUCGGUUUCGAGAAGAUGAGUCCUGGAAGCCUUCAGUCGGUUUACAAUGACCGAGAGAACCCCACCGGCUUGUUUGGAAUGAUGAUGGCUGAGACCAGGGGAGUCACGAACGCUCCUGGCGCAGCUCAAAUGUUUGGAAAUGCUGGUCGGGAGUACAUGGAGAAGUAUGGAGCGAAGAACGAAGACUUUGCCGAGAUAGGCCGUAUCAACCAUGAGCAUUCCAAGCGCAACCCGUACUCGCAGUUUCAGACCGAAUACACCCUUGAGCAGGUUCUCAAGGCGCCCAUGAUUCACGAGCCACUCACCAAGCUUCAGUGCUGCCCGACAUCGGAUGGCGCCGCUGCCGCUGUCAUCGUUUCCCAAGAAUUCCUGGAUGCUCGGCCGCAUCUCAAGGACCAGGCGAUCUUGAUUGCGGGUCAACAGCUGGCCACCGACAAUAGCACCCUAUACAACCGAAGUUCAAUUGACUUGAUGGGUUUCGGAAUGUCUCGUAAUGCUUGCCGAGCGGCUGCUAAGGAAGCCGGCGUGAAUGUAAAGGAUAUCAAGGUGUGCGAGUUGCACGACUGCUUUUCCGCUAAUGAGAUGAUAACGAUCGAUGCACUGGAGCUGUCCGAGCCCGGUAAGGCGCAUGAGAUGGUCCGUCGGGGCGACAUUACUUAUGGGGGGAAGAUGGUGAUUAAUCCAUCGGGAGGCCUCAUUUCAAAGGGUCAUCCGCUGGGAGCGACGGGUCUUGCGCAGUGCGCGGAACUGGUGUGGCACCUGCGUGGUUGGGCAAACAACCGGUUGAUUGAUGGAACGGAUUCCGCCCUGCAACACAACCUGGGUCUGGGAGGCGCAGUCGUCGUGACUGUCUACAAGCGAGCGGAUGGAAAAGUUGCGACGCUCGUGCCGUCGGACGCUGUUGGAAAGAUCAACGGUCUUGGCUACAACCCGGCUGUUGAAGCCAAGGGCUUCACAGCCGAGCAGGCAAAGACGGUAUUGAGUAAGAACCACAGCAGUGAGUGGGCACUAUCCGACACCCAGGACAGGGUUCUCGCUCGUUUCUAGAUCAAGGUCGGUGUGGAGUGCAAAAGGCGAUGAUAACCUUGUCACAGUCCUCUAUUGCGUUUGCCCUACCAUCUUCG